GUGACAUAGUGGCUUGAGAUGAUGUGACAUAUUGGUAUGGGGAUCAUGUGACAUUGGAAUGGGGAACAAAGAGCAGGAGACUCAGCAUUUCAGGACAAAGGCCACCGCUUUGGAAAAGCUUGAAGUGCAGUUUGCUGCUGAGUACAGAAGACAUUUGCAAACAGAGAGGGGACAUUUUCUCUGUAAGGUUGCAAACAAGAGCAGGUCCUGGAAGAUCAGAUUCCCCGCCAUGUUAUCCUCUGUGGUGUUUUGGGGACUAAUUGCCCUCAUUGGCACUUCCAGGGGCUCGUACCCCUUCACCCACUCAAUGAACCCUCACCUACAUCCGCGCCUGUACCACGGCUGCUACGGGGACAUCACGACCAUGAAGACCUCUGGGGCCACUUGUGAUGCAAACAGUGUGAUGAACUGCGGGAUCCGUGGUUCUGAAAUGUUUGCUGAGAUGGAUCUGAGGGCCAUAAAACCUUACCAGACUCUGAUCAAAGAAGUCGGGCAGAGACACUGCGUGGACCCUGCUGUCAUUGCAGCCAUCAUCUCCAGGGAAAGUCAUGGCGGAUCUGUCCUGCAAGAUGGCUGGGACCACAGGGGGCUUAAAUUUGGCUUGAUGCAGCUUGAUAAACAAGCGUACCACCCUGUUGGUGCCUGGGACAGCAAAGAGCAUCUUUCACAGGCUACUGGGAUUCUAACAGAGAGAAUUAAGGCAAUCCAGAAAAAAUUCCCCACGUGGAGUGCUGCUCAGCACCUCAGAGGUGGUCUCUCAGCUUUUAAGUCAGGAAUUGAAGCUAUUGCCACCCCAGCGGACAUAGACAAUGACUUCGUCAAUGAUAUCAUUGCCCGAGCUAAGUUCUAUAAAAGACAAAGCUUCUAGGCAAAGCUCUGUGGGUGGGCCAGGCUGGCAGAGUGCUCAGAUGGCCGCCUUUGAGAGUUUUAUGUGAAUGUGCUGUAUUCAACAUUGGCAAAUAAAUGAUUAAAAUCAUGAAAGAAAA